AUGGGGGAGGGGGGGGGGAGGGAGAGGGUGAAUUUAAAUUUUUUUCGAAUUUGAUACUAUUUUUUCAAUAUUUUACAAUUUUUAACGUUGCUUUGCUCAAAUAAUUCUGUGCUCCCUCUCAAAGAAAAUUUUCGAUGUUAGGGGUUCAGAAUUAUUUGAACAACCUAAUACUUGUUAUUCUUACUUUAUUCAUUCCUGAAGUAAUACUUAUCAUCCUCAACUUAUUCAUCCUUAAAAUAAGACAUACUAUCCUCACCUUAUCCAUCCCCAAUACAAUAAACCCCUGGGGAACUUGCUUUACACUCGUUUUUGGUUCGAUUUCGUCGAUGAAUCGUCUUUUCUAAUCGUCAGAGAAACGAGAGCGGUCGGUCAGUUUCCGUUUCUUUCACCUAAUUUACCAUUGUGCUAUUCUGUAAGUCAACAAUAUCAUUUUCUUGUUUACCAUAACGACGGACACCCUUAUAUUAACCAUAUAUUGUCAUAUGUUACCUAAAAUUAUAUGAUAAAUACUGAGUUCAGAAGUGAUAGAUCCUCUAUUUUUUGAUCAGAACUGUCUGUGAUAACAAAUCCUCAAAAUUCAAAUUCAAAAUAUUUAAAUUUGAUGUCAGCGAUGACGGGUUUUUUGGAUUUUUAAUGACAAAGUCUUGAGUUUGCGACAUUCUUCUGCCAUUUCUGAGAUAUUUUUAAAAAUAUUACUCAAAAAUUCCAUUUUCAUCUACCUCCAACCGCACAGUAACACUUUUUUGUUGAUUUACAGUUCUGAGCGAUGACUCAUUUUUCAGGCGUUUUGAGACAAAAUUUCGUUUUUGGUUUUUCAUCGAUUGAAAUCGAUUUAUUUUACAAUGUAAACCGAAGAAAAUCCACUGUAAUUUAUGGUUAGGUUUGCUUUCUUCACGUUUUAUUGUCGUAUGAUCAAAAAAUUGGCGGAAUUCUUGGAAAAACAAGGUUAUUUGGUCGAAAAUCAAUGGUUUGGGUUUUCAACUUGACAUUUUAGGUAGUUAUUGGUUUAAAUAUUUAGUAAAUUUGGUUUUUGGAUAUUGGUUAUGAUGUUUAAGAUAUAAUUUAUUUUAUAUUUUGGUGUAACACAUUAAAACCGUCAUGUUAUAUCCGAUAUUAACCAUGUUACCCAUCAAACUUUGAUGUGCGUUGAAAAACGCGUUAGAUCAAAAGCUUUUAUUAACUUCUUGGUUUUCACGUGAAUCUAACUUAUAAUUCAAGGUUUUUGACAUGAUUUGCGCGCAUUUUUUAACACGUUGAGUUUUACUAUCAACUGGUUUUAAUCGAUAUUGUUUUAGACCUUCAAAUGAGGAGAAACGAGCAUUGCUGAAAAAGUUGACGAAAUCGGUGUCGACAUUUGUUUUACACGGUCUUGAUUUGCAUAUCUACAACCACGGCUACUUUGUCCCUAAUUUCCUUCAUAGUUGGUGAGUUAUCCGGAGAAGUGUUGUAUUGUUUUAGGUAACGGCAGUACAUGUGGUAUAACGUGAUGGCUGAUCGAGUUAUUUUGCUAAAAUUUUGCGUACAGUUUAGUAAGACAAUAUUUAAGCAUUAAACAAAAUUUUAGUGUUUAACAUGCACUUUUACUUUUUAAAACUUUUAUUUUCCGCCAACUUUGGCAUAAUGUCGCAACUAAUGUUGUGACCUAAAAGUAUAAAUUAUACGCUAUAAAAACUUGUUUUUGUCUGUUUUUUUUUUGCAUUUUUACGAAUUUCAAGGUGUUGAAAGUUUUAAUUUUUGUCUAAUGAAAAGAUUAUAUUAUAGUAGGCAAGAGUAAUAUGUAAUUAUUUCAGUUGUUCACUAGUUCCGUGUUCAGUUAGGUUUUGGAGUGUGUUUCAACUGUCAUUCACAAUUUUUCAGAACAGGUAUGGUUUUUGAUCUUUAUUUAUUUUGGAAUUUUAAAAAUUUGAACUUUGCACGGUGCAGAUUUAAAAAAUUUAAAAAAUUCAAAAUUUUGGGAAAAGUGUUGAAAAAUAAAAUUUUUAUGAUUUGUGAUGUUAUUUUUUGAAAAUUUGGCAAGAAUUAGUACGUACAGUAUAAAAAAAGCAAAAUGACCAAUAUCGCCUACUACAAUAUAAUAAUAUUAUUCCUUUUAGUCAUCGUGCCGGGUGAUGAAAAGAACAUCAUCUGUAUCUCUAAAAAUCCCUCCAAGACCAUGGAUUUGUGCAUCGGACGUACGAUACGCGGUGCAUUGUGUAGUGUUUGUAGGCUGGAUAGUAGCCUUCGAGGUCGGUAGCGGUGCUCUGCCAUUCUUUUUUCACUUUUUUGGAUCUGAACCAGGAGACUCGACUGGGGCAGCAGUGGCUAGAGACGAAUUCGAUCCUUUCGAACGGUAGGGAGUGGAUUUAAAAUGGUUUUAUUUUAUUUAAAAAUCAGGGUUUGAUGAGUUUAAAGGCUGAAUUCUGACCUAAAAUGUGAUAAUAAUGUUAGUUUUUUUUAUCAAUAUUAUACUUUUUUUACUAUUAUAUCUUUUAAUAUAUAUUGUUUAGGUAUGGAGCCACAAUAACCUUGUUAAUGUACAGCCUAAGGCUAACAUCUCUCCUCGUCCUACCACAGUGUAUUUGUAAUAUGUUGGGUUUGUUGUUCUUCAACGGAUUCCGAGACAAAGUCAUCUUGAAGGCAUCGCCACUACUGGCACCAUUUGUUUGUUUCCGAGUCGUGACCAAAGGUCUAUACCCAGAACUGGUAAGGGAUAAUAUAAGGAAGAAUCUGGAGACAUGUUACGAAGCUGGGAUUGAGAACUUUAUCUUUGAAGUGGUAUCGGAUCAACCAAUUCAUUUGACACAAGGAAGCAGAGUGAGAGAAGUGAACGUUCCACCAAGCUAUAACACCAAGACUGGGGCACGGUUCAAGGCUAGGGCACUGCAAUAUUGUCUGGAGAAUGAAGUAAGGGCUUGAUGGUUUGAAAUUUAUUUUGUGGUAUUGAACUGAUUUGAAAUUAAUUUUUUUUGGCGUUAAGGCAAAAGUUUUAUCAAUUUUUUUAAAUUUAAAAAUUUUGUAAUGUCAUGUUUUAGGUAAGCAUCCUGCACGAAGAUGACUGGGUCGUACAUUUGGACGAGGAAACUCUGCUCUCAGUUAAUGUUGUCUACGGAAUCUUGAACUUUGUAACAGAAGGGAAACAUCCAUUCGGCCAAGGAGUAAUCACGUACGCUAAUCAUGAAGUUGUCAACUGGCUCACUACACUAUCGGAUUCAUUUAGGUAGGGGUUUUGAUGGAUUUUGCUAUUGAAUUUUAGGUAUAUGGGGGUAUUUAUGGCAUAAAAUGAAAAAAGAAUGUUAAAUUAUGGCUGGGCGGGGUGAUUUUUAUUUUUGAGGGGGGGGAGGGGAUUAAGAAAAUUUUUUUAGUUUAUGGGUUGGGUGUUUAUGAAAUAAUAUGAAAAGGAGUGUAAAAUAAAUAUAAAAUCGAAAAAAAAAUUAUUUGGGCGGGGUAAUUUCAAGUUUUUUGAGGGUGGAUCAGAAAGAAAUAUUUUUUUUUUAAAUGGUUUUUUAGCAUUGUUUUACCUUAAAAAUAUAAAAUUUUGAUUUCAGGGUAGCUGAUGACAUGGGAAAGCUUCGUUUCACCUUCUCCUGCUUCCACAAACCUCUAUUUGGUUGGAAGGGGUCGUUCGUAGUGACGCGAGCUGGAGAUGAACAGAAAGUGUCAUUCGAUCACGGGAUGGAAGGGUCGAUAGCUGAGGACUGCUUCUUCUCAAUGAUUGCCUACCGUGAUGGCUACACGUUUGACUUUGUAGAUGGAGAAAUGUACGAGAAGUCACCGUUCACUUAUUGGGACUUUCUACAACAAAGGAAACGAUGGCUACAGGGCAUCUACCUCACAGUACAUUCGAAACACAUACCGUGGAAGAAUAAGAUCUUGCUGGCGUUGUCACUGUACGCGUGGGCUACUAUGCCUUUCACGACGCUUCAGGUGGGGUUUUUUGAAGGGUUUUUUGGGAAGGAAAGGGUGGUUGGGACUUUUUUCACCUUGACCUUGUUGUUGAAGCAAUAGGGCUUUAUUAGCUCAUUUUGUUGAUUUUUUAGGAAAGGGGAGGAAAUACUGAUAUUUUUCGUGUAAGGCUGGAAAUGAUGCAACUUUUUAAUUUUUUUGCGGUUGUUCAAAAUUUUGUUACCUAAAAUCAACAGGGGGGACCAAGUUAAAAAUUUUUUUAAAAUUUUUUUUGAUGGGAGAGAGAUUGUGAACUUGCUUUUGAGGAUAGUUUGCGACAAAUAAAUUUUCUAUUUUGUACUUUUUAAAAAUAAUUUGAUUAGAAAAUGAACUUUUAGGUAUUCUUAUGUCCAUUGUUUCCCCUUCCGCGGUGGCCAAUCACAGACGCUCUCGUAGCGUUUAUCGCUUCGGUCAAUCUUUAUAUGUACGUGUUUGGCGUAUUGAAGUCGUUCUCUCACAAAUAUCGGUAGGUUUUGAAAUCUUCGAAAAAAAAUUUGAAAUUUUGAAAUUUUUUGAAUUUCUCAAAAUUUUAAAGAAUUUUUUGAAAAAAAAACCGAUUGAAGUUCUAAAGCCUUAUUGGUGUUAUUUUUAACCAAACCCUCCAAUUUCAGCUCAAACUUCUUGCGACUGGUAAUGUACCUGCUGGCUGGGAUCGUGACACUUCCAUUCAACGUACUCAUCGAAAACACGGCCGUCGUGAUGGGCAUGUACGGGCAGAAGGACGGGUUUUACAUUGUGAAAAAGGACCUAAGUGUACUCGAUGUAUGA